AUGCCAUACGACGAUCCUCUUUCGUUCAGCAAGAGCCGCAAGUCCGAGGACGAGCUCUCAGAGCUGCGCAAGCGCUCGCGCAAGGGUCGCCGGAUAGCAGAGUACCAAAAGCGCCAGAAUGAGCUCAUCGACGCCAUGCUCAUGCCGAUGGAGGCUCACUCUGAGCAGGCUCGUCAGGCGGAGGCAGCGAACCGCUUGCCUGUAAGCUCAACGCCCCUUCACGAAAACAUGUUUUCCUCGUCUUUUCUCCGAGCUGUCCCCUCACCGACGUCUAUAGUGUACGCUGCGAUCACAUCAGGAUCUUUGUCUUUCCUCGCCACCGCUAUCGACUCUGUCUUCGACCCGGCGAGCAACUUCGUGCUUGACUGGUUACACCGCAAGUCGCAAAAGCUCGACGCCAACCGAUGGCCUGUAGGUGGCUCGAGGCUAGAGACAACGGGGAACAUUGUUUACGGUCACAUGGCCUCCGUCAACCUCGUCGUCGUGACCGAGGCAGCUCGCACGCUCAUCACGCACAAGGGCAAUGACCUGAACGACUUCCACCUUCCAUCCGUCAUCGCGGUCUCCGUCGCGCUCGGCGUGAAGAUCUUCCUCUUCCUCUACUGCUUCACCAUCCGCCAGCACUCGAGCCAGGUGCAGGUCCUGUGGGAGGAUCAUAGGAACGACUUGUUCGUCAAUGGAUUCGGUCUGCUCAUGUCAGCAGGUGGUAGCAAGUGGGCGUGGUUCCUUGACCCGAUGGGCGGUCUGAUCAUCGCCCUUGGGACCAUCCUCUCCUGGGCACGCACGAUCUAUCACGAAUUCGAACUCUUGACGGGCAAGUCUGCCUCGCCCGAGUUCAUACACCUCGUCAUAUAUAAGGCCAUGACCUUCACGCCGGACAUCAUCUCUGUGGAUACGGUGCGGGCGUACCAUUCUGGCCCCGACAUUAUCGUCGAGGUCGACAUCGUCAUGGACGAGCACGCCACGCUUCGGCACACGCACGACGUGAGCCAGGUGCUGCAGGACAAGCUCGAGACGCUGCCGGGCGUCGAGCGCGCGUACGUGCAUGUGGAUUAUGAAUCGACGCAUACGCCGGAGCACCGGAAAGAGAAGUAAUACGUCAAGGGGAGUUUCCUCUGAACAGUGUUGCUGCUGCCCCAUAGAACGAUCGGAACCUUAAGGGAAUUGUAAUACACGGGCAAC